AUGCUGGUUUGGAACGUGCGGGGGUUGGGCACGUCUAAAAGAAGACUGAGGAAUCUGAUCAGGAAAUAUAAACCAUCGGUUUUAGUACUUUUUGAACCUUUUGCUGCAGAGGAGGUGAUGGUGUACUGGGCGAAUGUUUUUGGAUAUCCAUCUUACUGCGCCAAUGAAGCUAUGGGAGGGAAGAUUUGGGUACUCUGGAUUGAGGAAUUGACAUUUGAGAUGCAAGGUAUGUCAAAUCAGAUGAUAUCCGGCUGCUUUAGCAAGGGAGAGGAUAGCAUAAAUGUGGUUUUUGUAUAUGCCAAAUGUAAUCCCGUGGAAAGGAGGUUGCUUUGGCAAGAGAUGGAGGCAAUGCGAGAUGAUCGUACUCCACUAUUGGUGGUAGGCGAUUUUAACAUUAUCCGAGAAGACCGAGAACGUAUUGGGGGCAAUCCGAGAUCUCUGUCGGCUAUGUCGGAGUUUAAUUCCUGUAUACAUAACUGUGGUCUUGUGGAGAUGACAAGUUAUGGAGGAAGAAUGUCAUGGUGCAAUGGGCAUCGGUGUCUUUCGAGGAGUUGGGCACGUUUGGAUAGAGGUCUUCUGAACUUGGCUUUCUCUCAAAGGUUUCCGAAUGGGUGCAUGGAGUACUUAAAGAGGAAGACUUCGGAUCACUAUCCAAUGCUAAUCAAGCUUGCGGUGGAGUCCCAGAGGUAUGGGCCGGCUCCAUUUCGGUUCCAAAGCAUGUGGUGCACUCAUGAGAAGUUUCUUCAGUGUGUGGAGGGUGUAUGGAGAGAACCAGUUCUUGGGAUUGGUUUAGUGUGCUUGGCGGCAAAAUUGAAAAAGCUGAAGCCGGUGCUUAGGAACUGGAAUCAGGAGAUUUUUGGCCGAGUAGAUCAGUCGAUAAAGGAGUUAGAGGCAAAGGUGGAACUUCUGGAGAUACAGUUGCAAGAAAGGCAUGAAGCCGACUUAGAGAACGAGUAUAUGCAGGCCAAAGCGGAAUUAGAGAGGUGGGAAAACAGGGAAGAGAUUCGUCUGUCUUAA